GUGCAGGAGGGAGAGGGGAGGGUGUGCUUCAAUUCCCUCGAUCUGUCAUUUGUCCUCUCUGAUGCAGCGAGCUUACCUCUGAGUUGUGCUAUGUCAUCCACUUUCAUGGUUGUAGGAGUCUAUUGAAAGGUUGAAUUAGAGGGAGUUCGAAAAGAUCGCAGAGUUGAACUGGAGCGAAUCGCGCGCAAACGUAGUGAGAGGUUCUGGAAGUCAGAGCAACAAUAUUGGGGAGGGUUGUGGCGGUUUGAUCACACAGCGGUUGAGCCUAUCGAGUGUGAAUGGAAAUGGGUUUGUCAGCGCCGCUGUAAGCAUGGCAGCCAAGGGGGGUGCCCAACAUAUAACCAGGUGGAAAGGGAGUGGCUUUGAGCACACCAGUCGCCGUUGUUGUGGAAUUGCACCGCCCUUUUCAUCGUGGUGGGGGGAUAAAAGCACGCUUCGGGAGCAGAGAAUUAUUGGGAGGUCAUUGAGUUGGGGAUUCCGAGGACAAGCAGGAUGGAGAACGAACACCAGCAUUAUGAGCGGUUUGAUAUGGAGAACGACUAUGAGGGGGGCACCUGGGUAGGUGGGGAGUAUUACUACAGGAAGAAGAAGGCAAAGCGCAAACAGACGAAGGAAGAUGUGCUGUUUGGCAUCUUCAACGAGUCCGAUUCCGAUGACGAAGAAGAAGCUGGGAUGGGAGGCAAGAGGAGGAGGCACGACGGCGGAAUGUUGAAGAAGGCAGACCUGACCAAGCCUGUAAAUUUCGUUUCUACAGGGACUGUUUUGCCCUCGGAGGAGCUCGAAGAAGGCAGGAAACGGCACGGUGAGGAUGAUAGAGAUCGAGAAGAAGAUGGCCGGGAGAGAAGAGAGGAAGAAGAAGAGAGUGGGAUGGGGUCACUUAUGGGGGCGUCGGGGCAUGCUGGGCUGGGGUUUUCGGAACGGGGUGACAGUGGUGCGGAGGGCAGAGAGCGGGCGCAAGGAUCCAGGAGGGAAGGUGGAAGGGAAUCGAGCAGGCGCAGAGGCGGUGAUGACGAUGACGAUGAGGACGACGACAUCCUGCCAACUGCGUUUGGGCAGAGGGUCAAGGAAGGGGCGGAGAGGAGGAGGAAGAAAGAUGCAAAAGCGCCGCUUGCCAAGUCGAAGGCGCAGGUUGGGGAGGAGUUUGCUUCUUUCGAGAAACAUACGAAAGGGAUUGGGAUGAGAUUACUCGAAAAGAUGGGAUAUUCUGGUGGUGGUCUUGGAAAGAACGCACAGGGAAUAGCGAAGCCCAUAGAGACGAAGAUGCGACCAAAGAACAUGGGCAUGGGGUUUAACAACUACAGGGAGAGGGAUUCCAGUCUGCCUGCUGCUCCAGGCAGCAGUGAGGCAGCUGAAAAACAGGAGGAUGGAGGCAAGGGGGGCGACAAGGCAAAGACCAAAGAGAGGCUUUGGAAGAAGAAACAUGCCGCAAAGAAGCGGGUGUACAAGACAGCUCAGCAGUUGAUAGGAGAGACGGAAGAGAAGGAGGCAGCAGGUUACGCGGUCCCGGAAAGCCGUGGACAAACGGUCCUUGACAUGCGUGGGCCACAGGUAAGACUUGUGACUAAUCUCGAGCAUCUGAACGAUGAGGUGAAGGCCAUCGAGGAUGACGUACCCAUGCCUGAACUGCAGCACAAUCUGCGGCUGAUUGUGGAUCUGGCGGAAUCGGAGAUAUACAAUCACGACCGGAAAAUUCGCCAGGAAAGGGACAAUGCGGCGGUUCUAGAGAGGGAAAGAGAAAGGCUCUUGGAGGAGGCUGAGGGUCGUAGGUUGCAAGUGGAGACUCUGGAGGGCAUUUUGGCAUCGGUUGACCGGUGUUAUCAGAGGGUGCAGUCGGGAGCGGACGCGCUGGAUUCCAUUGCAGAGAUCUUCGCUUCAAUCCAGGAGAAAUUCCCCGAAGAGUACAAGAUGUACGACAUUCCUUCCGCCGCUUUGGCGUGUGCCGCACCCGAGAUCAAACAUCUCUUGCAAAGCUGGAGCCCCUUACAGACGCCCGAGUAUGGGGUUGCCACGGUGUUGACGUGGCGUGCAUUGCUAGCUUGUCGGAUGGAGGAUCAGCCCAUCUUCUCAGACCCGUCUGAUAUGCAGGCAGACCGUGACCCUUACAGUCUGCUGGUCCAGGAAGCUGUUCUCCCAGGUGUGAGGAGAGAGGUGACGAAUCUCUGGGAACCACGUGAUCCUGAGCCGAUGCUCCGGUUCAUCGAGCUUUGGGAGGACGCACUGCCUACAUCCGUAAGAGAAAACAUUCUUAAUACCUUGGUUAUGCCUAAGUUAACCGCCGCCGUCGAUUCCUGGAAUCCCAGGCUCGAGACUGUUGCGAUCGACAAGUGGUUGCAUCCUUGGCUUCCUAUACUCGGGUCGCGUAUGGAGCCCUUGUAUCAACCUAUCCGCUUCAAGCUGGAAGCUGCUUUACGGGACUGGCAUCCCAGUGACAAGUCGGCUUUGAUGCUUAUUUCGCCGUGGCGGGAUGUGUUCGAUCCAAACGGAUGGGACCAUCUGAUGGCGUGUUCGAUCGUGCCAAAGCUGUACGAGGCCCUCCGGGACUUCGUCGUCAAUCCUCCCCCUCAUCCUCAGGAGUCGGAGCCCUUCAUUUGGGUCGUGCGCUGGGCGAGCACAGUCCCAGCACAGCACAUGACCACAUUGCUGGAGGCUUAUUUUUUCCGAAAAUGGCAGCAGGCUUUGUACUAUUGGUUGUGUUCGAACCCGAAUUUCGACGAGGUGACGAAGUGGUACCUUGACUGGAAAGGGCUCAUGCCGGAAGAGCUGUUGGCAAACGAGCGAGUGCAGCAUCAGCUGAACAUUGCCCUCGACAUGAUGAACCAGGCCGUGGAAGGGGCGGUGGUUACACAGCCGGGUGUACGGGAGAAUGUUAGCUACCUCCUAAUGACCGAGCAACGGAGCUUCGAGUCCGCGGCGGCUUCUGCGCAAGCACAGCAGGCUCAUCCCUCUUCAGGACAGGGCUAUGUACACGUGCAGCAGGGGGCGGGGCCAUCUGUGGCAGCGCCGACGUCAAGGGUGCCUCAGAAUCCCAUGACGGGGGGUAUAGGGACAGGUUCAAGGGUAGGCGUGGGAAUGGAUAACGGGUAUUCCAAUGCGAGCAGCAGUGGCGUAGGGGGGCAAGGAUCUCAGACUGCGCUGAGCUUGAAGGAGAUGGUGGAAAUGUUUGCUCUAGAAAAUGAUGUACAGUUUGUGCCAAAGCUAGGUAGGAUGCAUGAGGGUCUCCAGGUUUAUUCGUUUGGACUCGUUAGUGUCUGUGUCGACAACUCUAAGCAGUUGGUUUAUGCACAGAUUGGUGACAGAUGGGCUCCUGUUUCUCUUGGGCAGGUCCUGGAAAUGCAUAGGGGGCGAUUGGCGGCUGGGGUAGGAAGCUCUGCUCCCAAAAGCUUUGGAUAAAGAGAGAGAGGAAAAAAAGAAAUCUGCUGAAGCUUUUUUUGUU